AUGACUUUGGGCAGCAGCGGCGGCGGCGGCUGCGGGAUCAUGUCCGAGCGCUCCCCGGAGGAAGAGCCGCUCUCCGAGGUGGAGGACGCGGAUAUCGACGUGGUGGGCCCGCCCCAGGAUGGGGGCAAGUACAGCGAGGAGGAGGAGGACGACGAGGACGAGGAGGAGGAGGACGAGGAGGACGGCGGCGAUCCGCUGGGGCUGGCGCUGCCGCGGAGCGGGGCCGCCAAGGCGCGCAUGGGGGGGUCCCCGGAGCGGCUGUCCCCCGCCGGCGGCUCCGAGCCCGCCUGCGCCCGCGGCGCCGCGCCCGGGGACAAGGCGCCCGCGGGCAGCGGCGGCGGCGGCGCGGGGGGGAAGAACCCGCUGGUGAAGCCGCCCUACUCCUACAUCGCCCUCAUCACCAUGGCCAUCCUACAGAGCCCCAAGAAGCGGCUGACGCUGAGCGAGAUCUGCGAGUUCAUCAGCGGGCGCUUUCCGUACUACCGGGAGAAGUUCCCCGCCUGGCAGAACAGCAUCCGCCACAACCUCUCCCUCAACGACUGCUUCGUCAAGAUCCCCCGGGAGCCCGGCAACCCGGGCAAGGGCAACUACUGGACGCUGGACCCCGAGUCCGCCGACAUGUUCGACAACGGGAGCUUCCUGCGCCGGAGGAAGCGCUUCAAGAGGCAGCAGCAGCUGCACCCGCCGCACCCCGAGCUGCUGCUGCGGGCCGGGGCCGCCGACCCCGCCGCAUUCCUGCCCGGCUUCGCCUACGGACCCUACGGCUACAACUACGGCCUGCAGCUCCAGGGCUAUCCCCACCACCACCACCACCCCGGCGGCGGAGGCGGUGGCGCCGCGGGCGCCUUCCCCUUCCCGGCGCCGCACUGCCCGUUACCGGCUCCGCCGCCUCCCGCCGCCGCCUCCGUCUUCUCCGCCGCCUCGGGGCUGCCCUCCUUCCUGGGCGGCGAGCUGAACUGCAGGAAGUCCUUCUACCACCCUCAGCUGAGCCCCACCGCCUUGCCCGCCGCCCUCCUCCAGACCCUCAAGCCGGACCCCUCGCCCGCCGGCGGCGGCGGCGGCGGCAGCGGCGGCACCAACCACCCCUCCCGGCCCUCUUUUUCCAUAGACAACAUCAUCGGGGGGGCCGUGCCCCCGCCGCCCAGCACCAACCCCAGCGUCGCGCCCGCCGCGCCCUACCCCGCCGGCCAGGCGGGCCCCCCGGCACAGGUCCUAGCCGUGCUCAGCCCCGCCUUGGCCCCGGCACAGCCCCAGGUCAGCCUGGCACACGAGCCGCUCCUCCAGCCGGCCCAGAACUUUUCCAGUAAAAUCACAACCCUCAGCAGCUGUCAUUUUUAAAGUGUGCUGGGGACUGGGGAAGAUGGGGGGGGGGGAGAGUCGCAAAGCAAACGGCCCCUUUCCAGCUCUCCCCCCCUCCUCCGAAACUGCUCCCAUUCCCUCUCCCCGUGUCCCGUCCCCCCCCCCCCCCGAUCUUCUUCUGUUGUGUUUUAAGGAGAUGCUGUGAACCACACGCAGAUGAGGCUCAGCCGUGGGAGAACCAUUCCCACAGGUAUCAUAACCUUGCUGCCCAAUUUAAAUCAAAGCUGUACUUCUCCCUGCCAGGGAAGGGGUGGGAAUUUCAACCAGCUUCUCCUGCAUCUGUGUUCUGCUCUCCAGGGCCUUUCUGGGGCAGAGAGGUGUGUAUGACAUCGUGGGUGAUGGUGCUGGUGCCAGUGAUUGAGCCAGAGAGACCAUGGGCCAGUGAAGCAAAGCCCCUCCAUCCCUCAGGGGCUGGGGCCAGUCUGAUGUUCCAGCAAGGUUUUUUAUCUGCCUCCUUGAUGUCAGCAGAGCACGAAGGCAGGGGAGAGGUCAACCCCUCUGUUAAUACACGUGUUUUAAAUAACUGGUAUUUUUAUUUCUUCCCUUCAGUGCAGUGGGCUUGGCACACAUCUUUGUUUGCACAAUUGUCCUGCCCAUACAUUCUGUUGCCCAAGUAAGGAGAAAAAGAUCCCGUGUGAGAUCUGGAGGUGUGCUUUGCUGGUUCUGACAUGUAAAUAUUAAUCAAGAAACAACACCAAAGAGACGAAAAAUCCCUCCUACCCUUGAACCCCUUCAGAUCCCUUUAUUGUCCAGGCAUUUGUUGCACUUGGACUGGCUUUUCACUUUCUCCUCUCAGAGAGGCUGGCUCCAGCGAUGGUCCCCAGAUUCCUCAGCUACAUCCUACUGAGGGAAAACAUUUAUUGAAGUUUUCAGCUUAUUAGGGAAAUACAUAUUUCUGCUUCUUUUCCAAACUCCACUGACAUCUUUUCUAAGCCAGCCCUGUGUGUCAGCGUGGGGGCAGGCGAGGCAUCCUCUUGCUCUCCUCUUGCAGCUGAUGCCUGCUGUAUGACCCUUGAGUACCCUGAAAUGCCAUGGUGGGGGAUUCCUACCACCACCAUGUGCUUUGUUAGUGGGCAAUAGUGGCGAGUAUCCACGUCGUUUGUUUUCCUCCAUAAAGCUGUGCUUCAGCUCACUCACACCUCUGGAGAAACAGGGGGUAUGGACACAACAUUCAGCUCCUCAGGUAACCAUGUUUCAGAUGACCUUUGCCAAGGCAGCGUCAAUGAGGUGAGAGAGCACAGGGAGGUGCCCAGUGAAAGAACUGGAUGACCUGUUUCACACGAAGACGAGGAAAUACUUUUCCCUGGGACACCCUGUAAAGCUCACUCUGCUGGCAGGUUCUCAGAUGGUAACUACAAGUGCUCAAGUUUGGAUGUGGCCUUUAGUUUCAGAUGUCCUUGAAGCUUCAGUUGCCAGAGGUUGGCAGGGUGCAGCAGGGAGAGGAUCAUUCUAUGCUCACUGUUUCUGUUAUUUUCUUUCUAAGCAUUUGUCCCCAGACACUGAUGGAGAGGAGAUUCUGGAGCUUUGGAUGAAAUCCCACAGAUUUUUCCUGGAAGCAGAAUGGCAGGAAGACAAUCAGGAAAGAAGAGGAGUAAUAUACUAUUCUCGUGGGCACUUGUUGCAUUUCUCUGUUUGCUUUGCUGCAUUGUUUCCUCUUCCUCCAGCCACAUACUGCAGGAUUAUGGCAAAUGAAUUAAGGGAUUAAAUCAUAAGGGAAAAUUAGGAUCAUGCUAAUUUAGAAGCAGAAACACAGAUGGGCUCAUUGAACUCUAGAUGAUGCAAGAGAAUCUUGGGUAGUGCUGUGGAUGUAGGUCACAGGAUAAUUCAGGUUCUUGGAAACCUCUGAAGGUCUCUGGUCCAACAGCCCUAAAGCAGAGUCAGCUCGGAUUAGAUUGCCCAUGGCUUUGUGCAGCGAGGUUUUGAAUGUCCCCAAGGAUGGAGAUUCCCCACAGCUCUGGUCCCCUGUGUAUAACCAUGCUCAGGGUGAAUUUCCCCCAAUAUCUAAUCAAAGCUUUCUCUUCUGAAACUUGUAUUCCUUGCCUUUCAUUCUAUGUCUGUGUGUACAUUGGGGGUAUGUCCAGGUGCAUCAGGACUUAUUCAGGUCCUGUAGUACCUUCCUUGUAAACCAGAUUGUUAGGCACAAGCUUCAGAGAUGGUCCCACCUUAGACAGUGGGUUCUGGGCAUCCUGAACACCUUGGACUCUCCCAUUGUGAGCAGGCCUGGAUGGAGGUCUCACCUCUCCAUGGUGCAUCAGCACUGCUGUUGAGUCGCUCUCACCUGAUGACAGGGUGAGGAUUUGCUGCUGCUGUGACUGCAGACCCCCCAGCAAACGCUCCCACAACCCAUUUUCAGGGCCAUCCAGGAUAUGGUGAGUCUGGGGGAAAAGGACAUGUGGUGGCCUUUGGUCUGCUGCACCUACCUGGGGAAAAAAGGACAUAGAAAAUAAAGGUCACCUGCUCACCUUCCUUGCUGAUAACUGAGCCAAGCAAUUCCUUCUCCAUAGUGCCCUGAGCACUCCUCCAGACUGCCUGGGGUCACACAGCAUGAGGCCAUGCUCAGAGACAGCCUUUGGUGACAGGCUCACAGACAGGUGGACUUCCAGUACAUUUUGGCAGCUGGGGAUCAUCUCAGUGAAAGACAGAGCUGUGACGUGUUUGGCUGGGCCUUGCAGAAGAGAAGAAGAAAUAAAAGAAGAAAAGAAAGGAGAAAAAGGGAGAAAGUUCUUUACGAUUUCACAGCCUGUCUCUGCCACUGGGAAUGGAUGUGAGGGCUUGUUCAGGGAAGAGGUAGCCUGGCCCUGUGCAGUGAGGAAGGGAGAGGCAGAAGUCGUGAAACAGCGCUCUGUUUGGACUCAAAUUUGAUUUGCAUGGUUAAAACUUGCUGAUCCCAUACAAGGUUCUCCUGGCUGGGAGCUGAACUUGGUUCCACAGCCAAGCUUUUUUCUUUUCCAGUGUUCAGCAUAAAUCAGACUUUCACAGCCGUCUUUGAGUGGAAGGAGCAAGAAAUCACGUUUUGUCUCCUGUCCAGGAGCUCUGUGAGAAAGAAGCUGUCAGGAACCCAGGAACCAGCCCAGAUCUUCUGACACGUGCUCUGUGAAUCCUUGCUGCCUGGCUCUGCCUUCCCCCCUCUGCUGCAAUGGCUCCAUCAGUUCCCAUGCGCUGCUUUUCCCAGACGAGAUCCCAGCCAGGCUGCUGGUAUCCAAGUGGAGCUGUGCCCCAAGCAAGGGACACUGUGACAUCUCUCAGGCUGGGUUAUACUCUCCCCUGCCUCUUACCCAAGCCAUUAAGAGGGUUUUAACACAGAUCCAGAUCUGGUGUGGUGCCCUGCUGUGACCACUUGUGCUCCUCUGGGGUCAUAUCUUUAGGCUCUUUUUUUAUCUGGAGAAUCUGCCCAGAGAAGUCACCCUUCCCUGUGCUUUUCUAACACACUAGUCACUAGCCUCACCAGGAAUUAUUUUUCAAAUAUCUAGGUAGAAUUUCCCUUACUGUGCCGUGUUUCCAUUGCCUCCCAUGCACUUCCAGGAGGAUGGUGGCUCCAUUGUAUAUAAUACCUCCUGUGAGCCUUCUCUGACUGGACAAACCCAGGUCCCUCCACAUCUUCCAACUUGGCAAAGUGGUGCUAAUUUUUCUUGUACUGCUUCAUAAGCAUUUGGGGGAGAGGGGCAAGUUCCCAAGUUCCUGAUGUUCGCACAGACUGAGGAAUGAGAUGCUGGAAAGCAGUGCCAUGGAAAGGGACCUGGGGGUCCUGGUCAAUGGCAAGUUGAAUAUGAGUCAGCAGUGCCCUGACAGCUGGGAGGGCCAACUGUGUCCGGGGGGGCAUCGGGCAAAGCAUCAGCAGCUGGUCAAGGCAGAGGAUUGUCCCACUUCACCUUGAAUAUUUUGUGCAGUUUUGGGCACCCCAAUAUAAGAAAGAUAUGAAGCUGUUAGAGAACUUCCAAAGAAGGGCAAUAAAGAUGGUGAAGGGCCUUGAGGGGAAGCCGUGUGAGGAGCGGCUGAGGUCACUUGGUUUGUUCAGCCUGGAGAAGAGGAGACUGAGGGGAGACCUCACUGCAGUUACAGCUUCCUCAGGAGGGGAAGAGGAGGGGCAGACACACUCGAUGGUGACCAGUGACAGGACCCAAGGGAAUGGCCUGAAGUCGUGUCAGGGGAGGUUUAGGUUGGAUAUUAGAGAAAGGUUCUUCCCCCAGAGGGUGGUUGGGCACUGAACAGGCUCCCCAGGGCAGUGGUCACAGCACCAAGGCUGACAGAGUUCAAGAAGCAUUUGGACAAUGAUCUCAGGCACAUGGUGUGAUUCUUGGGGACAGUCCUGUGCAGGGUUAAGAGCUGGACUUGAUGAUCCUUCUGGGUCCCUUCCAACUCAGCAGAUUCUGAGAUUCCUGCAAACACUACAUGGGUCAUCUACAUCUGAGCAUCUCCCGGCAAGUGGGGAGGGCUUUGGUGGAGGUGGCUGUAGAAAUCCUACCAACAUUUGCAGUGGAGUCAAGCAAGGGACAAAAAGCUCCACUGCUCAUCCUGUUGAAACAGAGGGCUAAAGCCUCUCUGCUGGAGCCAUUCCCUGCUAGUAAGAUCCAUACAGUCCAUUAAAGUUAGGGAUCUUAUUAUGGGCUAUAUAAAAAAGGUAAAGAGGAAAUGAGAACCUUAUGAAGGGUUUCUUAUGAGUGCAGAUGGCAAGGGCAUCUGAGGCUAAGGAAGCCUCUCCAACUGGCUUUUUCCAAACAGAAUUGCUUGCUUUAUAGGUUUUAUCCUCUUUUAAAAGGAGGUAAAUGGAUGCAGGAGUAUCUUUUCUGCACAACUCACACCUGCUGACCAGCCACACCACCCUUGGGAUGGAUAAACAGAUCCUAAACACAUGUCAUACUCUGUCCUAGUUUCAGCUGGGAUAGAGUUAAUUUUCUUCCUAGUAGCUGGUACAGUGCUGUGUUUUGGAUUUAGUAGGAGAAUCAUGUUGAUAACACACUGAUGUUUUAGUUGUUGCUAAGUAGUGCUUACCCUAAGUCAAGGACUUUGCAGUUUCCCAUGGUCUGCCAGUGAGGAGAUACAUGACAAGCUGUGAAGGAGCAUGGCCAGGACAGCUGACCCGAAGUGGCUGAAGGGAUAUUCCAUACCACAGGUCAUCAUGCUCAGUGUAUAAACUGGGGGGAGUUGGCCAGGAGCCACUGAAUCACUGCUGGGGGGUGGCAUGGGCAUCGUCAGUGAGGGGUGAGCAGUUCUAUAUUCGUCACUUGUUUUUCUUGGGGUUUAGUCCUCUCUCUCUUUUUGUUAUCUCCCUUAUUCUUAUUAUUUAUUAAUAUUAUAUUUAAUCUCAUUUCAAUUAUUAAACUGUUCUUAGCCCAUGGGUUUUACCUUUUUCUAAUUCUCCUCCCUACACCACUGAGGUGAGGGAGACUGAGCAAGCAUCUUCACGGUUCUUAGUUGUUGGCUGGGGUUAAACUAAGACAUGCUUUCAGGAGCACAGUCUCCUUUCUUCCUAGCACCAAAUUCAGCCUUCAAAUGCACUUUUAGGUCGUGCUCAGCUGUCUCCUGAAUCAGAAGGAGCUGACUGUAUUUGUACCUCCUGCAGCCUGACUGAGGACUGAUGAGACAUCCAUCAGCACAGAGGAGUUGAGUCUAUUGAGGAGCAUCAGGAGCACUGAGAACUGGCUGAAACAGGGAAUUCAGCCUUCCAGCAGUGCCCACUGCUUUGCCACUGCUUUUUCAAGGAAGCAGGGACCUCAAAUAUGAAUGAACUUUUUGUCUGUAGCAGAACCAAAGACCCUUGGAGUCUGAGAACCCAUUUGCUUGCUCUGACCACUGCCUGGGACAUUUUGUCCGUUUCUCAUCCUGUCCCCACCUGCCAUGCAUGGCUGUCCUGUCUUGUGGCAGUGCCAGGGUGGGAGAAGGUCCCAGAGCUGCCAUCUGAACUGUAGGCUUCAGUGGGAACCCUUGACUACUGCCUUGGGUCCUUUUGGGGCCCCAAAGGUACUGCAGAGACUGGAAGUGUCCUUGGAGCAUGAUUCUAACUUAUACAGAAGUGUAAUCUGUCUACAGAGAGGUUGUAUGGGAGUGAUUCUUGUUCCCCCAUGCAGGCUGAAGCGCAGUGAAGCUGAGUGACACGACCAGGGUUGUGCAGAUUACCUGUGGCAGAGUGAGAACAGCAGCCCAGCAGCGCUGUGAGCCCUUGUCACCUCUGCUCGGUGUCAGAGCUCUGGCCACCUUGCCUCCCAGCCAGGCAGCCCGCUCCUUUCUCCUUCAGACUCUUAAAAUAAGACUCGCAAAGCCUCGAGCGUGGUUUCGAUUUCAUUAAUAAAUCCCUGCUUGCACUUGAAGCUGCUGUGCCUUUUAAAACAUUAUCCGUGGCUCUGGUUACACUCCUGAUGAAAGCAGGCAUGGCCCUAUUAGUUUUCAUGGCAAGCAGUGCUGCCACGUCCCACUAUCCUUUACGCACUCAGGGUAACCCAAAUCUCACAGGAAAGGGAGGGGGCAAAAAAGGCAUCUUGAAAAGGCAGUGUCUGUCUCCUUCACUGCAGACCGAGGGCAUUACAUUCUUGAAAUCCCCCUGCUAGAAACAGCUUUCAUUUAUUCAUACAAUUUUUAAUUAUUUUUUUAAUUGCUACCAACAAUUACCUCCUGCUCUGUAACUCCCACCUGAUGCCUGUGCCCCUCCAGCCCCAGAAAGGGGCUGCACCAAGGAGGGGGAGUAAUGGGUAUGGGAUGUGGAGAAGGGAAAUGGGAGCUGCUUGAGCACUGAGGAGCAACAGCUGCUCUGUAGUGCUGUCUCCUCUUCAUGGCUCAGACAGGAGGUGUUUUUUUGGGGGAGCAGAGUUAAGUGUCCACAGCCAACCACUGUGAAAAACCCACCCCAUGGCAACAGGUUUGCUCUGGGUCAUUAAUCUGGAUAUGCAGAUGGAUAAACUGAAGCACAAAAGGGUUAAUGCUCUCUAGUGGGAGAGGAUGGGGAGAAGAAGGGGAAUUCUGUUCCAAACUGCUGAGUUGAGCUUUUCAAAGCCUUCAGCUUUGCUCUGUCUGUUUGGCACUUCUUGGAGAGCUUUGUGGAAGUGGUUUUGCAACAAAAGCAGAGAGACUGUGCUCAAACAGGCCAGCAGGAAGCAAGUACGGGGAUGUGGGACUAUGGCAGAGGAAAGAGAAGUGGGGAAAUGGGUAAAGGGAAGGGAAGGGAGAAGGAGAAAGGUAGUAAGAAAACAGAGAAAGAUACAAUGAGAAAAAAAGGUGAGAAUAAGGAAGUAGGGAAGAAAGUGAGGAAACCCUUUUACCUCUCCCAGGGCAGUCAGGGGGCCACGCUCCCCUUCUCCCACUCUGGAUUGCACACCUCCACCUGUGUCCCAGCGUUGCCGGCCCUGCAGGAGGGCUUGCUGCCCUGCCCACCCCAGAACCAAGCCCAGCAGCUGUCGGAGGGGCGGGACAGCCAAGGGCUGGCCUGGCUCUUGCUGUUCACACAGAGCAGCCGGGAGAGGGUGGCAGGUGAGCGAGACACAGUCAUUGCUACAACAGAUGGCAGAGGCAUGACAUUACAUGGCAGGGCUAUUAUUUACUGAGUGCUCGUGUUUGUCAUGGCUGAAGAUGACAUCUUAUUAAGGAGUCAUGACACUGGGCGAUUUUUUUAAGCCUGGGGGCCAAGAAGGCUAAUGAACAGGGAAAGCUCCAGGAAUAGAUGGAGGGAAGUGCUGUUUUCAGGUCACAGUCAAAGCUGACCAUGUUUCACUGACCUGAUUUCUGGGAGAUUUCUGGGCUGUGACACAUCUCCCUCCUGCUGAUUAGGGAUGGAUGCUCCUUGCCAUGGCCUGACCGUGCUGGCUCAGGUGGAAGCAGUUGUCUCGAGAGACCCUGCUGCAAGGGAGCAAAGCCUGAGUUGAGUUAUGAAAAAGCUCACACCCACAGACAGCCAAACACUGGUACUGCUGCAAACAAGGGCAUGUGGAAGGCAAUGACUUUUGGACAGCUUUCUCCAAAUCCCACCUUGCAGGAGGUUUGGAGGAGGACUCUCAGACAGCACAGGCAAUAGCUGGGGGAGCGUGGGAAGUGGGACCCUGCUCAUCAGUGUGGCACUCUUACCCCAGUGUGAUGCCUGUCAGGACAGUUAGACCAAAAGCAGGGCUGCCUGGCCCAUUUUGACCCCUUCAGCCUGUCCUGGCACCGUGUCUGCAAGACCUGUCCUCCUUAGCCUGAAACAAGAGCCGCCCUCCCGCAGCUCCCAUGCACCGGCUCCUUAUCGCUGACCCGCUCUGUCAGUGCAGAUGCUUGACUAAUGUUCCCUUGUAAAAUGUUGUGUUAAGCACAUUCCAGGCGCUGACAUUAAAUACUUGGGCCAGGGCAGUGCUCACCCUCCGGCGGCCGCAGCGCUGAGCCAGCCCCAGCCACACGCCGGUGCUGCCACAGCCAAACCAUCCUCUCUUUUCUGCCCCAUCUCCACCUCCCCCUGCCCUCCCUCCGGCACAGCCAGCGUGGGCAGUGGGGGAAGGAGGCAGCGGGCAGGACCACGGCUGUCUGGCAGAUGAAAUAAUAAUUACCCCAGCCGCCUCCGGCCUCCCUUGCAUUCCUCUGUGCUAACAGCUCGGCUUAUUUUGUUUUCAUCUGCAAAUAUUGACUCGUUGGGUUCUUUUCACCUCGUGCCUAUUAAAAAGGCAUCGCUCAUAGUAUUGUUAUUGAAUUUGUUCUGCAGCUGCGAGAAGCAUCCAGCGGCUUUAAGGAAUUCACUCACACCACUCACACAGACCCCGAGGGCUGUGUUCCCUCAAUACCCUCCGGAGCUUCUUUGCCUGCUGCUCUCCAAGGCACAGGACCUGGAGCUGGCUCAGCAAGGAUUCUGCCCAGCCUUUCCACUAAAGGGGAGAUCAGGGUGGUGCUGGGGAUGAGGCUGCAGAGCUGUGGUCUGCUCUUGGGGGAUGCUGCUUUGCUGCUCUGUGCCUCAGUUUCCCUGAUCAGUCCUGUGAUUUUCAUAAUGCACUGGGAGUGUUAAUUAUAGAUGUGAGAUUUAACUGCUUGACCUUUGUGCUGCUGCAACUUGUCCUUCAAUAUUCACUUCAUCUUGAAAAUGUGGGAGUUGUUUCCAGAUGCCUUAACCUGGCUGGAGCAAUAACCAGAAAAAUAAAUCCCUUCAUUUCCCACUGA